AUGGCAAUUGCAACGGAAAUAAGGGAAAGUAUUGAAUUUAUUGCUCAUGUAAAGGAGAAAGCUGUUUUACGCUCAUUUGGUGUUACAGUUGAAAGUGACAGUGAUGAUGCGUAUGAAUCAGAGGAAAGCUGUUCAGAUGCAGAAUACAUCAGUGAGACAGAUGUUAGGGAAACCUGUAGUGAUUCGAAUCAGGACAGCCUAUUAACUACCAGGGAAUUGGCGACUGGCACAUCGUACAACAACAAGGUGUGUGAUAGCCAAGGGAGAAAAGCCCAUGAAUCCAUCUUCGUCUAUCUGAAGAUCCUGAUACAUAUAAGCAUGUGUCAGGUUUAGGAGUAACAUAAGGAUUUUCAUAAAAAUAAGGAUUUUCAACUAAAAAAACAAAAAUUUCAAAAUUUUCUGUGGGCUUUGCACCCUUACCCUCAUUAGCAACUGUGCCCCCAAACACCUGCUGCAUCUUGUUUGGCGGUAUCACAUACCCUCUCGCUCACACCCCGUAAAUUUUUGGUACACCCCCUCCCAAUAAAAAUCUGUCUACGUUUUUACUAUAGUAUAUUAAUGAACAACAAAGACUAUCAAUUAAUUCUUACAUUAGAAAUACCAAUACCUUUUAACCAUAAUGGGAAAAUGUCCUGGUAAUAGUUCUUGUUCCCAAACUUAUUUCAGACCCGUGAAAUGGUAAAAUUGUUAUACCUGUGAUUUUUAUUAUUCAGGUCUGAAUCGCCAACUCAAGCAUUUGUAGCAACCAUCCUAUGGCUUUACAGAAAAUUUAAAGGGAUGAAGAAUGAGUUCUCUGAUGAUGACAUCAGGCAGGCAAUGUCAUCAAUUUGCCAUGCUUAUGACAACAUGUGUCACAUGGAUAGCCUGAAAAUUGCCAAAAGAGACUUUCCCUUGCCCAAACCAUUUGAUGAAUGCUGGACGAUGAUAUCAAAAGUGAUUGAUAGGCUCUGUUUAAGAAAUCAUGUGGAUCCUAAGUGUGAAAGAAUGUACAAUGCUGAUGAAAAAGUCCCACCACAAUUUAAAACCAUGGCAUGUGAACAGACCUUCAUUUGGGCCAGUCGUUUUAAGAAAGUUAUGUGUGCUAUGCCACAUGUUCGUCAGUUUUUUUUCCUUCACAGGUUGGUUAAUUAUGUUCAUUUAAAAAUUAAUUAUUGGAAAAUGCUACUGCUGUAUGACAGUAACACUUUCCCCCCCAUCUGUUACAAGUGUAUAUGAACCCAUUUUAAUAAUUAUUUUUGUCAUUGCAGGUUGGUUAAGUACCGGAAUAGGUACACAGAAAAAUACCACCGCUUAGAGAAAGUGCCAAUUCUUCCCAAAAUUGGAAAAUCCAAGGAAAAUUAA